UUCACCGACCGCUGGUUCACUUAGAACAUGUUAUGGCGUCAUACCCCUGCGAUUUUCCCUGAACGUCCCGCCGUAGCCUGAGAACCGUUUCCGCAACCCAUUCCCACUCGGUUUGUUUUUACCACCUAGCUCUGCCAUCCUUCAACCAAGCUCUUAACAACCUUCAUCACAUGAUCAACCGGACUUGAACGAUGGCAUCCAGCGAAGCUUCAGACAACAUUCACCUAGUCGUAACGGCGCCUAACAAAACACGUACGGAGAAAUUGGCAUCCGAGGACUUGCCUCUAGAUCAGACUAUCAUGGAUACUACGGAGCCACUUACGGAGACGAUGGCAUCCGAAGUGCCGUCUAUGGAAAGUUUAGCAUUCAAUACAUCACAAAUGGACAUAGAUCCGCGAUACAUAUACACAAACGAUUUCGAAGCCCUAGCAAAGGCUGAUGGCGAGUUCGAAGAGAUGAUGAGCGCAAAUGAGAGACGACGAAUUGACUUCACCAAUCCUGUUCAAUUAAGACAAGUCACCAGGAGCCUAUUAAAGGCAGAUUUCAAGCUGGAACUAGAUCUUCCUCCUGAUCGCUUGUGCCCUCCGGUUAUGGUUCGGUAUGUUUUCGCAUAUGUCGCCUUGCAUGACUCUGCCCUGGCUGUCUUUCGGAUAGAGCUUGCUAACUUUCCUUCUUGGAGCUACGAGUACGUGCGUUGGAUCCAGCAGCUGUUAGACUCGACCGAUCAAUCUCUCUCUGGCGUAUACGACCGGUCACGGCCCGUGAAAGGCCUAGACAUUGGGGUCGGAGCAAGUAACAUAUACUCUCUUCUGGCCUUGCGAAGUCGGCCUUCAUGGUAUAUGUACGGGACCGACAUUGAUGAAACCAGCUUGGAGUGGGCGAAGAAGAAUACGGAGAUUAAUAGUCUCACACCCAAGACGCGUCUGAUACUCACAAAGCGAGCGGAUGCCUUGAUUCCACUUCGUGACUUAGGUACUCUCAGCCUCGACUUUGUCAUGUGCAACCCUCCGUUCUUUGAUAGCUUCGAACAACGGGAAGAGUCUGCGAGCGGCGAAUACAAAGAUAGUGCGUCUAAGAGUGCUUGUUCCGGAUCGGACUGCGAGAUGAUCACCCCAGGCGGCGACUUCGGUUUCGUUUGUGACAUACUAGAGCUCAGCCUGAAGCUCCGAACCAAAGUACAAUGGUACUCAAGUAUGUUUGGCUUCAGAGAGAGUAUGGAAAAAGUAGCCGCCAAACUCAAGCCGCUCGGCAUAACAAACUACGCCGUAGCUACUUUGCGAACGACCGGCAAGACCAGACGCUGGUGCCUCGCCUGGAGCUUCCACGACCUGCGUCCUGCAGAUGACGUUGUGCGGCACGAAAUUGACGCCUUCCCACACAUCCCCUUUCCAACGGCCUUCAAGAUUCGCAUUGAAGACAACAGGAUCCACACGACGAAGACCAAGGUCUCCGUCAUGAUGACGGAGCUAGAUGUCCAAUGGACAUGGAAGACGUUCGUGCCUGUGACAGGCGUCGGCCUGUCACACGGCAACGUGUGGUCGCGGUUCUACCGCAGGGAGAAGAAGCGUCGUGCUGCUGCUGGGAUCAGCACCACCCCGGUUCCGUCCUCCCCAGAGGAGGCGGAAUUUGCCUUCAAGAUCACCGUCGAGAGGGACGGGGUGGUGGUGGCCUGGCUGAAGGGCAAUGACCAGACGCUCUACGAGAGUUUCUGUGGUGUGAUCAAGCGUGGACUCGUCGAGCAGAGAUAGAAAUAUACCAAUACUGCGUGGCUUCACUGUCGCGAUAUGUUCCACAUAAAUGCCCUUGGCGCCGUUACCACUGCAUGAACGACGUGAUAUAUGGGCUAUCCAACGGAGCUUUCGGCCGUUCUACUCCACAGUCGCUUGAGUGAUAGCGUUAUCAGACUUGUACAAAGCUUUAAUUCGAACCAAUCAAAUCGAGAGAGCCUGCUAUUGCAGCAUUCGGUCAGUCAAUAUCGCUAA